UUUCCCUUUCGUCCCCGGCAACUCUCGUCGAAGGCAGCCCUCCUCCCCGCCGUCGAUUCUGUCUCAGUCGAACCCCACUUUCUUCCAUGACCGAAAGGGCACUUGAACUUCCAAUUCCUUUGAGUAAGAAUUUCCGUGCGCAGUAUUCUGUGUUCAAACGUGAAAUAUGCUUCGAAGUACAUUCAUAACAUGUUGUCUAAGAAACAAAUGGAACUAUUCCGGAAUACAGCAUGCGGUCACCUUGCAGAUAUACCUGAGAUUCAAGUCUUUGCUGAAAUUGUGCACAUGUUAUUGUUACGCCUUGUGAAGCAAUAGCCUGAAGAUGAGCACUGGUUCUGUGUAGUGGAGGGUAAAAUUGUGGAAUUCACGAAUAAUGAUUUAUGCCGCAUUACUGGAUUACCUCCGGCAGCCCUUAGGCCCGUCGUGGCUGAAGAGAGUGAAAAUCUGAUGAAGAGGCUAAAGAAAUGGAAGAAGCUGGGGAGGUUGCUAAUACAUAUUUUGGCGGAUCACUGGAUAUCACUUUUCAGAUGGUGAAGGACAAGGUUCAAAAAGUACGUCUUAGUAGAAAAGGUAAUGGAGUGCUAGGUGUCAAGCUUGCAUCCCUCUUCUUGGUUGAGAACGUAUUGCUAGGAAGAGACAGGACAACCAAGAUUAGCUGGAGGUCUAUUAAGCUGGUUAAUGACUUUGAGGAGUUCAAGGAGCUGUGGUCUUCUUGAUGGCAGUCGACGAAGUUUAUCGACAAUAAGGCUAACAUCCCUGGAAAUAAAAAGCUAAGUUAUCAGUGUACGGUAUGCCAUUGGUCCUAAAGGUGUGGGCGUAUGAAAAAAUUCCUAAAUUUGGGGAACACUUUAAAUGUUUGCAGCAUAAUUCCAACCUUCCAAGAUACGGAAAAUUGUGUUUGCUGAUGAGGUUCCUACACCUCUUACUUCCGAUGAUGAAGAUGAAGACAAUCCUGAAGUAGAAAUUAGAGAUAGAGUUGAAGAAAUGUGUGCAAGUAUUGACAAGAUCAAAACAGGUGUUCAUAGGCUAGAGAAAAGGGUGGAAAAGGAUCUUGGUGCACUGAAAGACCUGCUGCUUCAGGUUAUUGAUAGAGUACACAUUGUUUUAAAGGAAAAGGGGGGCCCUUCUGUCCCAAGUAAGCGGGAAGAAGAAAAAGAAGUUUCUGCAAAACAUGUUGAGUUUAUUGGCCCUGAAAAUUUGCAAUCCUCAAACACUCCAGUUGAGGAAAAGGUAAUAUAUGUCUGUGAAAUACCAAAUGGUUAGGUUGAAGGGGAUACAUGUUGUGAUAUUGUUGCUGAAGAUAAAACCAUGUCUACACAUCCUGUUAAGAAUGUAGCGACUGUGGGUGAAGAGGAUAAAUCUUGUCUUGUUCUUGCUGAAGAUCAAAUUACGUCUGCAGAUCAUAUUGUGAAUGUCGCCGACUGAGAUAUGUUGCUUACCUUUUUUGUUUUGUUUUAAUCAUUGCAAAUUAAGUUCUUCAAGAAAUAGGCAUAAAAUGUUAUUGUUAGUGUGGUGUUUCUAGUGCCCGUAUAUAGCAAUGUUUUAUAUGUAUGUAUAUUUCGUGUUGUCUGUGUAUAAGUGAUAUAUGUCUGUGAUAUAUGUCUGUCAAAUACUAAAUGCUUCUGCUGAAGGGGAGAAAUCUACUGCUGUUGUUGGUGAAGCACAAAAUUUGGAAAUAGAUCCGGUAAUGAAUGUAGUGGUGGAGGUAUGUUGAAGGAUGUAUUUAUUUCGGUUGUGGUUUUUACAUUUUUGUUGGUGAAGAACAUUUUUGCAUUAAUCGUUCGAAAUUAUGUUCUCCUUCAUUUCGAAGUUGAAGUGACAAUCUGAACAAAUUAAGGAAGAACACAUGUAUGAGGACUGUCUCACUCCCACAAAUCUUUUGAUGUGCCUAAAUGAGGUGCACAUUGUGAUAUGCAAACAUUUUUUUAUUUACACAGACAGUACACAGUUCACACAAACAAUACUCAUUAAGUGCACAUGCUAAUUAAACAUGUGUUCACCGAUAUAUAUUUGUGUGUGCCUAUAUAACUCCCUUAACUUUGAUCAAUUUGUGUAGGUGGAAGAUGACAAGUUCCUUGCUUUGACAGCCCCCGGUCCAUUUGAAAACUUGGAUUGAGAUCUCGUUGGUGAUGAUGUUGGGACUGCUGGUGUAGACAUGAAGGUCAUUGAAGAAGUUAGUAUGAAAGAAGUGAUGAAGAGAAAGCGGUUCAGAGUGAAGUACAUAUGCAACCCAUACAUUGCUCCAAUGACUAAGAGGCUUAAGUUAUUCCCUAGAAGGCCAUGAAUGGCUUCCGGUGAUGUACAACGAACGACACCGGUGGGUACCAUGUUUCUUAAAGCCAACCUUUUGGGCGGGUAUGUCUAAAACUCAACGAAGUAAAAGUAUUAAUGCUUUUUUCGAUGACUAUGUGAAUUUGAAAACCAGUCUUAAACAAUUUGUUGAGCAAUACGAAUGCGCAUUGCAAAGUAAGGUAGAAGGAAUUUCACGUUGAUACAAGUUCGUUUGCAAAAACGAUUCAUUGUGUUACAACAUUUGAAAUGGAAGAACCAGUCCAAGAAAUUUACACCCUAGCUAAGUUCAUGGAGUUUCAAGAUGGAGUUGGAAGUACAUUGUAUUGUGAUCUCUUACAAAGCGAAGGUGAUAGAAAAUGUAAUGUGAAGGAGGUUCGAAAGAUUAAUGGGUUUUGAAAGACCUUUAACUUUGUUGUUGAAUAUGACUCAUUAACUACUUUUGGAACAUGUAGUAUCACUUGUUUAAAUUUAGGGGUAUGGUAUUAAGACAUUUGAGUGUGGUCUUACUUCCGCUUGAAUUGGAGCUUGAUAAGUCCGUAUUUAGACACGCAUUUGAUGCGUGUUCGGAUCGACUUUUGAUGGUUUUCCUAGCUUUAAGGUGUUACAAGUCUCAAUUUUAGCUCAAGUUAUGUUUAACAGGCGUUGGUUCGAGUUUUGUGUCAUUUGGAGUCAAAAUCAGGAUUUUAGAGUUCAACAUCGGCACUUGAGGAGCAAUCGGGAUGAUUCGAGAUGCAUUUGAGUGUUGAUUUGAGAGCUAUGGAGGUCACCGGUAGGUUUACGAUGAAGAUUUAAUGACAAAAGAGCUCUAGGAUUGGCUAUGGGAUCAAAAAGAAGAUGAACGAAGCUUGAAAACGACGAUCAGGAUGACCUUCUGUCAAUCGGGCAAGCAUAUCUCUUUGUAGAAGCAUCCAAUGAACACGAUUCAAAGUCCACAUGAAAGCCAACUUCAAGAUCUACAAAUCAUAUGAAGACAUCAUUCCUAGAAUCUGAGAGGAAGAAGAUGAAAACAGACGAUGAAGUCAGAUGAUCUCUGCUGCGAUCUCAGAAUGACACCUUCCACCGUUUUGAUCAUAUCUCUUGAUUGGAUGAUUCAAAUCACAUUCGGCAAAUUGGGUUGGAUAGAAGACUUCAUCAUCUACAACUUUCAUGAAGAAAGUUUUGUCAAAUUCGGAAGUUUUACGCACGCCGUGCGUCCGGGUACGCCCGCCGUGCGUCCAAGGCGUUAAAUUGAAGGGAGCUACUGGCAGCAACGCACGGCCGUGCGUCCGGGUACGCACUCCGUGCGUUCAAGGCAUUAAAAUGGCGAAAGGCUACUGGCAGAAACGCACGGACGUGCGUAGGGGAACGCACUCCGUGCGUUGCCUAUUUUCACGCGCAGGUCCGUCGGACGCACGGCAGCAACGCACGCCGUGCGUAGGCUCCGUGCGUACCGCGGAUCUGUCCUUUUUCGACCCAAACUCAUUGUUUUCUAUAAAUUAAGCCUCCCUAACCCCGUUUUGAGGGGGGGGGGGGAAACCUAGAGAGAAGCUUAGGGACGUGUUUUACAGUGUUUUUCCGCUAUUUUGUUCAAGACCCUGAGAUUCUUUGUAAGUUUCAUCUUUUUAAUUAAUGACAAUUAUUUUUAUUCAUCCCAAUUCUAUUGAUUCUUCAAUUAUGAAUUGUGAGUAGUUUAAUUAGGGAUUUGGGGUUGAUGAAGGGGUUAAUCAUGAUGUAUGGCUAGAUUCUUGUCGGUCUAAUUGCAUGAAUGCCGUUUAAUUUGUGUUUGAAUAAUUUAACUGAUAUCUCUUGUAACCUAGAUGGCCACUAGAAUUACAAUUGCAUGUAGAAUAAAUUAAGAGAGAUCUAAUUUGUUCUAGGACACAUUCACACACACUUAAUCGUUCGCUAAGAGAUUAGUAGCGAUUAAGGGGCCGUAAGCUCGCUCGUCUUGGCAAUAAUUUAGGAUCCUGUCGCAUGAGAGAUCAGCCUGGUCCCCUAAAUUAUUGUACUCUACGCCGCGAGAGCGGUAAGAACUUAGUAAUGAUUAGCUAGGCUCAAUUUAAUUAACUUCAUGUAAUUAGGCCUGAUCUGCCAGAAAUCUGGUUACCCCGGAAUCGAUCCCUGUUCCCUUCGUCAUUAAUUAGAAAGAACCCCCUAGGUUAAUUAUUCACAUUAGUUUAAUUUAAUUUUUAUUCAAUCAAUCAAUCUCGCACACUUGCAUUUUAUUUUAUUUUAUUUUAUUUUUAUUCGCUGAAUUUAGUUAAUCUUUAAUUCCCUUUUGUCCGUCCCUGUGGAGACGAUACUCGUACUUUCAACCACUUUACUACAUCAAUUUUUAAGUGCGAGAAAACACACAUCAGUUUUUGGCGCCGUUGCCGGGGACGGUGUCGGUUUUAAGGGUUAAUUAAUUUCAGUGAGAUUUUUUUUUUAGUUAGUUUUCUUUUAGUUUUUCCGUAGGAUUUUUCUGUGCUAACCUUUCAGGUAUUUUUUCUAAGAGGCAUGAGAUGAACCUAUUCAGCCAAAUUCCUGGAGGAAUUCCUUACCCUCAAACCUCCAUGGAAUAUUCAACAUAUACACCAUACCCUCCUUACACUCCUCCUCCUCCUCCUCCUCCUCAAUAUUACACAUCUCAUCAAAAUUCUUCUCCUACACCACAAAAUUUCCCAUCUUCCUAUUCUUACCCUCUUCCAAAUACGCAAUACUCUCAAUCUCAUUCUCCGAAUCAAUAUCCUUAUCCACAAUAUCAUCGGACAAAACCAGGCUCCAUUAUGGAAUUUCUCAUUCAAACUAAAAGUCCCGAGGAAUUGGUUGAUUACUUUCCUAAGAAUAGCAUUUGUAACUUUUGUGGAGGUGGUCACCAUUCAUGUCUUUGCCCCAUUCCUCCAUACGACCAUCCUUACUGGGCAACUGCAUACCCCACUUCGUCCUCCCCACAACUCACAAAGACAAAUGUUUCAAUCACUCCUACGUCUUUGCCGAGCUAUGCGCCACAGGAAUCAGACGACGAAUGGGAAGAGAUAAUUUCAGAGAAGCUGUCUGACCUGGAAGAAACACUCAAGAAAUUAUUACAGCAACAAAUGCAAAUUCAACAGCAACAAAUCCAAAUUCAACAGCAAGCAGACUCAAGGAUGCAAAACAUGGAGAAUCAAUUGGGGCAGAUUGCAAAGGCUUUAUCUGAGGAGUCCGAUAGAUCCCAUCCUAGCGACACAGAAGCCCAACCCGAGGAGACCAAUAUGGAUGAUCACGUGAGCGAGUCAGACUAUGAUGGUGUGAAUAUGAUGGAUGAUACACUUCCUGAUGUUUUUGAAGACCCUGAUGAGAACGGUGUUAACGAGAGUUGGGAUGCCUUCAUGGGGAGUGAUACAGAGUCUGGAGGAGAGGUUGUGAAUGUUCAUGAUAUUUGUGAGGAAGAAGAAGACUUUUGUAUGGUGCAAUUUGAUUACGGUGUUGCUCCUACUCCUUGCUUUGAGACAUCUUUUGAGCUUCCGGUGAUACCUAGAGUAAUCAAAGUGUUCACUCAUGUUUUCUGUCCAACUGAAGAGGAUGAGAGUUUCAUACUUCACUUCUGUGCUGAUGAGGGUUAUGAAGACCAUGUGCUGCCUUCGUGGGCUGACGAAUUUAAAGAUCUGCGCCACUUAAUGACAUUUGUUGAGAGGAAGCUGGAGACGUUGACUAUAAGUGCACCACUACAGUCUUUGCUAUUGGAGAGUCUAUGGGGUAGUUGUGUCGGGCAAACGACGUUAAAAAUAGCGCUUCUCGGGAGGCAACCCGAGCUUUUUUUCUGCUUUUGUUUUUGCUUUUGCUUUGUUUGUUGUUUGGUUGUUUUGCUUUGUGUUUUUUUUGCAGCUCAGGGUCUUGUUGUAUGGAUGAUGUGCCGAGGAUUACAUUGACUCAGUUUAGUUCUGCAUCGACCAAUGCCUUAGGGAAGUUUCUUUGAACUCUUUUACUCGCUUGUUGAAAUAUUGACUUGAGUUAAGUUGAGCAUGCGUGACCCUAUCCUCUUUACCCCCUUGUGCAUAGUGCAUUUUUGGUCAUCGAGGACGAUGCCAAAGUUUAAGUGUGGGGGAGUGAAUUGGGCAUUCGGGCAGUAGUUGUUACAUGUGAUUAAUUAGAGUUAGCAUGCGCAGGUGUUAGUUGUAUAUUCAUAGGAAAUUCGUGUAAAAAAAUUUUUGAAAAUUUUUCUUUAAAACUGUGUCUUUGUGAAGUGGCUAGCAUUUGACUAUGCUUUUAUAACAUCUUUGAAGUGUUUAGACUUAAUUUGCUUGCACUAUAAUCUGGUUGUUGAAAGGAUGAAGGCAUUAGUCACCCAUUGAAUUUUCCAAUAAUCAUCCACCCCACCUGAAAGAACCCUUUAGGAGAAGCCAUUUUGAGCUUGGCUGUUCUUUGUUACCCAAUUAAUUGAGCUCCAUAGCCAAAUGGCCUAUGUUCCUUACCCGUGAAUAUUUCUGACUUAGUCUUGAUGUUUAGGGAAUUAGGGGAUUAAUUUGUUAAGUUUAGGGAAUUUGUGUAGGAGCCAUUUUUGGCAUUGUUCCUAUGCCCCAAAUGGGGUAAGAGCAGUCACUUUUUAGGAAUUUGAUACUUUCGAGGAUUGCAUUGUAGGCAUGGAUUCACUUUUAAAUAAAUGAACCUUAAUUGCUAUUUUUCCUUGGUGAGGCCGAGAUUAGAAUGGGGUAAUGUCUAGUGAGAAUCCGAAAGGUGAAAAAUUAAUAUAGCUAGACCUCUUACUUUGCGAAAAAGAGAAUGAGAGCCCCAGUCAAAAAGCGUAAGAUGAGACUUGGGUAUCUUUCGAAAGAAACAGCGUUCUCGUGCCAACAUGACAAGGAAAACUAAACAUAAUUAAUGAAUUUGGAGGCUAUCUCAAAAUUUAGCUUUAGUCCUCCGCGUACUUCAAGUAUACGGCAAAGCGCAAAUGUGCCGAGACGGUUUAGCUUAGUUGUACACCAUGUCUACUCUUUGCAUAGGUUUAAAUGAUUGUUCCUAAAUUGUGGCCUACUGAGUUCCUUGAUCCUAAGAAUAGCCCUGAAGUUCCUGAAUGCAUUGAGUCUUUGUUAGAAUAUUCCAAUCUCUCAAAAGAAAGGGACUGUUUAUUACCAUUCAUCAUUCACCAUCACCUUCACAAGUCCUUCUGAUCAAUAGCUAGUUUAUUUGUGUAUGCUAUCAUUACUCUAAGGAUGUUGUGAAUACUUUGUCAAAUAGUUUAGCUUGAGUACAAAGAUGUAGUUUAGGGAAGAAUUUUCUUGGUUUAGUCUGCCUGUUCUGUGAAUAUUCCUCUAACUACGUGUGCAUGCUAAUUAUUUUGAUUCCGUGUGGUGAUUAUUGUAAGUCCCGUUGUUUAGUUUGCUUGAGGACAAGCAAAGGCUUAAGUGUGGGGGAAUCUGAUAAGUCCGUAUUUAGACACGCAUUUGAUGCGUGUUCGGAUCGACUUUUGAUGGUUUUCCUAGCUUUAAGGUGUUACAAGUCUCAAUUUUAGCUCAAGUUAUGUUUAACAGGCGUUGGUUCGAGUUUUGUGUCAUUUGGAGUCAAAAUCAGGAUUUUAGAGUUCAACAUCGGCACUUGAGGAGCAAUCGGGAUGAUUCGAGAUGCAUUUGAGUGUUGAUUUGAGAGCUAUGGAGGUCACCGGUAGGUUUACGAUGAAGAUUUAAUGACAAAAGAGCUCUAGGAUUGGCUAUGGGAUCAAAAAGAAGAUGAACGAAGCUUGAAAACGACGAUCAGGAUGACCUUCUGUCAAUCGGGCAAGCAUAUCUCUUUGUAGAAGCAUCCAAUGAACACGAUUCAAAGUCCACAUGAAAGCCAACUUCAAGAUCUACAAAUCAUAUGAAGACAUCAUUCCUAGAAUCUGAGAGGAAGAAGAUGAAAACAGACGAUGAAGUCAGAUGAUCUCUGCUGCGAUCUCAGAAUGACACCUUCCACCGUUUUGAUCAUAUCUCUUGAUUGGAUGAUUCAAAUCACAUUCGGCAAAUUGGGUUGGAUAGAAGACUUCAUCAUCUACAACUUUCAUGAAGAAAGUUUUGUCAAAUUCGGAAGUUUUACGCACGCCGUGCGUCCGGGUACGCCCGCCGUGCGUCCAAGGCGUUAAAUUGAAGGGAGCUACUGGCAGCAACGCACGGCCGUGCGUCCGGGUACGCACUCCGUGCGUUCAAGGCAUUAAAAUGGCGAAAGGCUACUGGCAGAAACGCACGGACGUGCGUAGGGGAACGCACUCCGUGCGUUGCCUAUUUUCACGCGCAGGUCCGUCGGACGCACGGCAGCAACGCACGCCGUGCGUAGGCUCCGUGCGUACCGCGGAUCUGUCCUUUUUCGACCCAAACUCAUUGUUUUCUAUAAAUUAAGCCUCCCUAACCCCGUUUUGAGGGGGGGGAAACCUAGAGAGAAGCUUAGGGACGUGUUUUACAGUGUUUUUCCGCUAUUUUGUUCAAGACCCUGAGAUUCUUUGUAAGUUUCAUCUUUUUAAUUAAUGACAAUUAUUUUUAUUCAUCCCAAUUCUAUUGAUUCUUCAAUUAUGAAUUGUGAGUAGUUUAAUUAGGGAUUUGGGGUUGAUGAAGGGGUUAAUCAUGAUGUAUGGCUAGAUUCUUGUCGGUCUAAUUGCAUGAAUGCCGUUUAAUUUGUGUUUGAAUAAUUUAACUGAUAUCUCUUGUAACCUAGAUGGCCACUAGAAUUACAAUUGCAUGUAGAAUAAAUUAAGAGAGAUCUAAUUUGUUCUAGGACACAUUCACACACACUUAAUCGUUCGCUAAGAGAUUAGUAGCGAUUAAGGGGCCGUAAGCUCGCUCGUCUUGGCAAUAAUUUAGGAUCCUGUCGCAUGAGAGAUCAGCCUGGUCCCCUAAAUUAUUGUACUCUACGCCGCGAGAGCGGUAAGAACUUAGUAAUGAUUAGCUAGGCUCAAUUUAAUUAACUUCAUGUAAUUAGGCCUGAUCUGCCAGAAAUCUGGUUACCCCGGAAUCGAUCCCUGUUCCCUUCGUCAUUAAUUAGAAAGAACCCCCUAGGUUAAUUAUUCACAUUAGUUUAAUUUAAUUUUUAUUCAAUCAAUCAAUCUCGCACACUUGCAUUUUAUUUUAUUUUAUUUUAUUUUUAUUCGCUGAAUUUAGUUAAUCUUUAAUUCCCUUUUGUCCGUCCCUGUGGAGACGAUACUCGUACUUUCAACCACUUUACUACAUCAAUUUUUAAGUGCGAGAAAACACACAUCAGAGCUCUUGCCCGCGGUCUACUUAUUGAAAAGAUGGAGGAAAUAUGUUAAAUUAGUUUACACGAAGUGAAAAUCAAUUACAAUGGGUGGAUCACAACGGUGAAACAAGAACACUUUCAUAAGUUGUGCAAUACGUUUGAAUCACUUGCAAAUAUGAUUGCAGAUGGUGAUGAGAAGUACCAAAGUGUUCUUCUUUGGUUGGACACUCAAAUGUCCACAUAUAUUCCUCCCCAUGUUAAUCGUUUUUUCAUGUGUUGCAACCUAACAUCUAUCCCAAAAUCGAAUAGUGGUGUGCAAGGUGAGGUUCCAAAAAUCAUUGGAGAUCCUAAGUGUGCAAGGCGCAAGGGUGCACAGAGUCAAAACCGCCAAAAAGGACCAUGGAAGAAGGGGAAGAAGAAAUCAAGGGCUAGGAAUGACAAUGCAAGUACUCCACAACCGACCUCUGAGCAUGGCAAUGGACAGGGGAAUUCUAAUGACAUGAUGAAUUGUAGUGGUUUAGAUUUAAAUCUUCGUUUGAUGUUAAUGUGCAUGGCAGUGUUUAAACGGAUAUUUAAAUCUUAGUUUGAUGUAAAUGUGCAUGCCAACCUUAAGCCUCUUAGCCA